GACGGGCUGUGGUGCGCGUUCAACAACUAUCACAUGGGCAUCACCGCCGAGAAUAUUGCGGCGCAGGAGGGCGUCACCAGAGAGGAGCAAGACGCCUUCGCCAACGAGUCCCAGACAAGAGCGCAGAAGGCGCAGGCUGACGGCAAGUUUAAGGAGCAGAUAGUGCCCGUGAAAACCAAGGCGGGUGUGUUCGAGAUCGACGAGUACAUCAAGGGACCAUCCGAGAUCUCGGGGCUCAAGCCUGCGUUCAAGAAGGAUGGCACGGUCACCGCCGCGAACGCUUCGGGAAUCAACGACGGUGCGGCUGGCUUGGGCCAUGACUUUCUCAUACGACUGAAUGUGAUUACCAAGUAG